GUCUCCAACUCUUCCCCGCCCUCCUUGUUUACAGUCGUAUGUGCCUUCUUUUGGGUCGGGCCGUUUGCUCAUCAGUACUGCCGCUGUUUUUCGUCUAGCGGUGCGCCACUUUUGGAGGGAGCCAAGCCGCUGCGCAGUCAGCCCCCACCUCCUUUCUCUCCCUUGCUCCUUUUCCUCCACCCCUUCCUCACCCCCGCCGCUCGGUCCCGGCCGUCCGGACCCGCUGCUCGUCCGACUGGGUCAGGGAGUGUCCAUCCACGGCUCGUUUCCCCAAGGCCGUCUCCCACGUUUCCGCGGGUCCGGUCCGGCUGGAAGACUCUACCUGGCCUGCUUGCUGGGUGUUUUGCUUCCGCGGUAUGCUGACCGGCUCCUGCCGGCCCCAGGGACCAGCGGGACGGGGUGCUGUGGCUCUGUGACCGGGGCGAAGGAGGAGGACAUCCCUGUCUUCAAGCGGAGACGGAGGUCCAGCUCCAUAGCAGCCUCGGAGAUGAUGGCUCACAGUCAGAGCAACAGCAAGUCCCACCGCAGGACUUCGCUGCCUUGCAUUCCACGGGACCAGUCGUCAGGCACAAGUGUGGUAGUGGACAUCGCAGUGAUGGGUGAAGCGCAUGGAUUGAUAUCAGACUUGCUGGCAGACCCCUCACUGCCCCCUAACACCUGCAGCUCUCUGAAGGCAGUCAGCAGCCUCCUCAGCACCCAGAUUAUCCUCCAGCCACUCCAUCGGCCGCACAUGCCACCAGUCGCAAACGCCUGCUCUGACUCAGAGGAUGGGCCAGAUAAAGUAGAAAGACUGGCCAUUCCAAAGCGUCUAAGGCGGAGCCUUCCCCCCGGUUUGUUCCGGAGAAUCUCAUCAACGUGGACCACAACCACGUCAGCCACUGGGCUACCUGCCAUUGAGCCUGGACCUGUACGUAGAGACCGCUCAGCGAGCAUCAAAUACACCACCGAAAGUGAAUCAUGGAGAAACUCAGUAAUGACAACAAUUUCAAAAAGCCGUUCCAUGUCCGCCUCCUGUGCUGCAUCUGUCACAUUAAACCACUUCUGCAGCAAACCGCUGGGAAGACCAGGUUUCACCCACUCCAACAUAUCACCUCUGGGCUCUCCAUGUCCGUCGCCCCCUGUUCAGGGCUCUCCUGUCUCCAGUCCAACCAUCAAGACAUGUUCAGUUCAGCUUCCUGAGAUUGCCGGGCCGCUGACAGAGCAAACCGCUGGCUGUGUGGUCUCCAAGAGCCACCACCGAGCUUUAACUCACAGCCAGAGCGCCCCGAGCUCCACCACUCCUCACUGGCGACCUCCAUCACACUGUCGGAGCUGCGGCAGGCCGUUUAGCAAUCGACUAAACCAUGGGGUGGAAUCUAUUGUUAAGACAGACCGAAUACCCCGUCCAGAUGAGCGCGCGGUAACCUCAUCAGACUAUGACAGCACCUAUGACAGCACUUAUGAGACCAACCACAGUGACAGCAGCGACUUUGCACAGAAUGAGGAAGAGGCCGAAGCAGGCAAGAAAUUGUCUGAGGCACGGGAAGGCUGCCCAGAGUACUCAUCGGAGAGCAUCGUUUUGCACCCCCUGUUGCCAUCUCCUGAGAACAAGCUAAUCGUGGCCACAGAACCUCUGGUGAUGCCAGGGUUAGAUCCUCUUCUGAGUCAACUCAACAAAUGGAAUUUUCCAAUUUUUAGCCUUGUGGAGAGGACUCACGGAAAAACGGGUUGCAUUCUCAGCCAGGUGUCCUACAGGCUUUUUGAAGACUCAGGUCUGUUUGAGACCUUCAAGAUUCCUGUAGUCGAGUUCAUGAACUACUUUCAUGCUUUGGAGAACGGAUAUAGAGAUAUUCCUUAUCACAACAGGAUUCAUGCCACUGACGUUCUGCAUGCUGUUUGGUAUCUCACCACUCAGCCUGUGCCCAGUUUGCCCUCUCUUGUGACUGAGAACGGCAUACACAACGACUCGGCAAAUGGCAUAACCCCCGGUGCUACGUCCUUUCUGUCAUCCAAGAGGCACUCUUUGCUGGAAGAAGGCUAUGGCUCAUUGUCAGGCCUAAUUCCAGGCCUGGAGCUGAUGGCCUUGUAUGUAGCUGCUGCCAUGCACGAUUAUGACCAUCCAGGAAGAACUAAUGCCUUUCUAGUAGCAACGAGUGCACCACAGGCUCUGCUAUACAAUGACCGUUCUGUUUUGGAAAACCACCAUGCUGCUGCAGCGUGGAACCUCUUCAUGUCUCGUCCGGAGUACAACUUCCUGGUUAACCUUGAACAUGUGGAGUUCAAACGCUUCCGAUUUCUUGUCAUUGAAGCAAUCUUGGCCACGGACCUAAAAAAACACUUUGACUUCCUUGCAGAGUUUAAUGCCAAGGUGGGUGACGAAGGAAUGUCUGGUAUUGACUGGACGAACGAAAAUGACCGAUCGUUGGUUUGCCAGAUGUGCAUUAAGCUCGCUGAUGUCAAUGGACCACUGAAGUGCAAGGAGCUGCACUUGCAGUGGACUGAGGGGAUUGUCAAUGAGUUCUAUGAACAGGGGGAUGAGGAAGCAAGCCUGGGCCUUCCCAUCAGCCCAUUCAUGGACCGGUCAGCACCGCAGCUUGCUAAACUACAAGAAUCCUUCAUCACUCAUAUAGUGGGUCCCCUCUGCUCCUCAUACAAUUCGGCCGCUCUGAUGCCAGGUGACUGGGUUGACCUGCCGGAAGAGCAGGAGGAGCCAGAAGAGGCAAAGGAGAGUCAAGAUAUUAAAGAGGAAGAGGAAGAUUUGGAAAGGCAAAAGACAAAAAAGGAAAGCAGGAGGAAAGUGUUCUGCCAGAUCACAUCGCACCUUUUGGAGAACCAUGAGAUGUGGAAGAGAGUAAUUGCUGCAGAAGUCCAGGAGGAGGCUCUAAAAGAAGACCCUAACUGUCUUAGUACCUCCACUGACCCAAUCACCGCUAUACACGAGGAAGAAGAGGAACAAGGAAGCAAAGAGGAGGACGAUUUGACUGAAUGCUUUGAUAAAAGUGAAGAAGCACCCGCUAUAGAAGACGAAGACAUCCUCUUACAAUCGGAGACGUCAGGAGCGAAAGAGGAGGAAUCUGAGUGAUAGAUUGAGCAGUGACCGCCUUCCAAACCAGGAAUUAAUUUAUCCGUUGUUUGUUUGCUGUCUUAACUCUUAACACGGCAGCCAGCACAUCACUUAGACACGACACUGUAGAUGAUAUUUGGGGUAUUUUGUGCCUAACAAAAACAGGGUUUAUGACUAGAAAUGGUGGGUGGAGCAAAAGACGUGACUUCAAUGGACGACAAAUAUCUUGUUAUCCAUCGUAUCCAGUCCUCAACUAGCCUGACCAUUCUUCUCUAUAUGCACAACAUCAGCAGUGAGUAGUACUGUGCUGGGAGAGUCAGAAAUGUUCCAGAACUGGUCCCAUAAAAGGUAUAUUUCAAACACAAACAACAAGCAAUGAGUUUUUGUGGCAGGAAAACCUUUGCUCAGAAUUCCCUGAGUAGUUCCUGGCUGGUAAAAAACAUCACCUAUAAUUUUGCAAUCUACCCGCUCAACAGGCAAACAACAUCAAUUGUAGGAUCUUAAAUGAAUCCUCCCUGGAGUUCAAGAAGGUGGAAUUGUUAAAUGGUGAAAAUGUUUGAAAUGAUACCAUGUGUGACACUAGUCCUUGCACUUUUCUGACAUAUCUCAUAUUCUGUCACAUGACUUGUUUUUAACUCUUGUUGCUUCUAGCCUCAAAUUCAAGUCUGAGGUGACUUCCUCUUGUAGACAAUGGGAUAAAAGCCAGGGAAAAAGCUGUUUCAGAUGAAGCUUAGCAACUUGGGAAACUGUUUAGGGGUUAUAUGUCACAUAUUGUAUGAAUACAUGGACUGAAUUUAUAUACACAUACAGUGCUAAGGGACAAACUUGUUUUAUACAAUGGAUGAAAUACGCCAUUCAACAAAGAGCCCCCUUAAAGCGUUACCUCCAAAAAAGAAAAAAAAUACACAAAAUAAUGUUUUUCUUUGUGUCAAACAAUAAUGUGUUCAGAUGCACAUUUAUAGUACACCCAAAGCGUACAAACGCAGUGAAAUGUCACACAACUCAGGAAGGCAGAGAAACAAAACAAAGAUGACCUUACUACUUUAGCAGCGCUUCCAUUUAUAAAUACUGUACAUUUAUUACCAUUUCUGUAUACUCGAUUCAUUCCCCAACAACAACAAAAAAUAACAGUAACAGGAUAACUGAUCAAAUACAUAAAUGAUGUGUACAACUGUAGUUCUUCCUUCCGGUUCCUGUGUUCCAAGAAAUUACUUUUUCUGAUAAUGGCAAAACAUUUAUGGUCCGUGCAGUAAAGUACAUUGAACAGUACAAACACAUGGAAAAAUUAUUGAUGGCCGUUCAAUGGAAAAAAAAAAUAGAAAGCCCUUAAUGGUCACUUAAAUAACAUAGCGUUGAAUUCAAUCAUAUUUAUAUUGACAAGCAGCACAAGAGUAUAAUGGCAAGCAUAAAAAGAAAAUACCACUUUAUUCACUUUACAGUGGGGUAAAUAAGUAUUUAGUCAACCACUAAUUGCGCAAGUACUCCCACUUGAAAAUGUUAGAGAGGCCUGUAAUUGUCAACAUGGGUAAACCUCAACCAUGAGAGACAAAAUGUGUAAAAAAAAAAAAAAAAAAAAACAGAAAAAUCACAUUGUUUGAUUUUUAAAGAAUUUAUUUGCAAAUCAUGGUGGAGAAUAAGUAUUUGGUGAAAACCAAAAGUUCAUCUUAAUACUUUGUCAUGUACCCUUUCUUGGCAAUAACGGAGGCCAAAUGUUUUCUGUAACUCUUCACAAGCUUUUCACACACUAUUGCUGGUAUUUUGGCCCAUUCCUCCAUGCAGAUCUCCUCUAGAGCAGUGAUGUUUUAGGGCCGUCAUUGGGCAACACGGACUUUCAACUCCCUCCACAGAGUUUCUAUGGGGUUGAGAUCUGGAGACUGGUUAGGCCACUCCAGGACCUUGAAAUGCUUCUUACAAAGUCACUCCUUUGUUGCCUUGGCUGUGUGUUUGGGAUCAUUGUCAUGCUGAAAGACCCAGCCAUGUCUAAUCUUCAAUGCCAUUGCUGAUGGAAGGAGAUUUUCACUCAAAAUCUCUCGAUACAUGGCCCCAUUCAUUCUUUCCUUUACACUGAUCAGUCGUCCUGGUCCCUUUGCAGAAUAACAGACCCAAAGCAUGUUUCCACCCCCAUGCUUCACAGUGGGUAUGGUGUUCUUCGGAUGCAAUUGAGUAUUCUUUCUCCUCCAAACACGAGAACCUAUGUUUCUACCUAAAAGUUCUGUUUUGGUUUCAUCUGACCAUAACACAUUCUCCUAGUCCUCUUCUGGAUCAUCCAAAUGCUCUCUAGCAAACCGCAGACAGGUCUGGACUUGUACUGGGUUCAGCAGGGGGACACGUCUGGCAGUGCAGGAUUUGAGUCCCUGGCGGCGCAUUGUGUUACUGAUAGUAGCCAUUGUUACUGUGGUCCCUAGGGGUGCAACGGUUCGGUUAGCCCAUGGUUCGGUUUGAACCUCGGUUUUGGGAUCACGGUUUCGGUCUGCAUUUUCCUUUUUUAUUUUAUUUAUUUAUUUAUUUAUUUUUAACUGCCUUUAUUUUGCUUUCAAUAAAAUGAGAUAAACACUUAAAAUGUAAACAUUUUCGACUGUUAAAAUACCUCUUAGCUCUUUAGCUAGUGUAGUGACUGACUACCAGUGUUGUUAAUAACGGCGUUACAAUAUAACGGCGUUACUAACGGCGUUAUUUUUUUCAGUAGUGAGUAAUCUAAUUAAUUACUUUUCUCAUCUUGGCAACGCCGUUACCGUUACUGAGGACGGAACGGCAUGCGUUACUAUUCGUUACUAUAUUGGUCGAAAAGUCUGAGGGAGACGGACUCACCGAGACGAAAGAGCAGAGCAGGAGCGGGGAGGAGGCAAGAAAGUUGUGACGCCGAGCAAACGCGAUGCUAGGUAGCUCCAAUAAUUCAUGUUGUAGCCGAUAGCCGACAAACUACGCCCGCAUGUUAUGGUAGAUAUGGUAGACAUGGUAGAUAUCACAUGUACUGUAUAUAGAUAUAACUAGAUGCAAAAUGACAGCAGCCAUCUUAAAGCAGUAGGCUUUUUAGGACGGCUCUGUUGUAGAGAACCUUCCUCGCGAACCUAAGUAACUUUUUAUCUAAAAUACUUCUAAAUUGGCAAAAUCUUGAUUUGAAUCUAUCUUUAAAUGAUGAAACAGUUUUAAAACUUUCAUAUGUCGAAAGUAGAGAGAAGGGAACUAAUGCAAUAAUGGGAGCAAUUUUAACAACUUUUAACAGUUGAUUCAGGGUAAAGGGUAAAUUAGGGUAAAGAAUUGGGCUCGGGCCAAUUGUACCAAAAACCUCCACAAAAAACUUCACAUAGUAUGGCCAAUGUUUUUUUUUUUUUUUUUUUUUUUUUUUGAGGGGAAAAAAAAAAAAAUAAGUAAUUAUCACCAAUUACUUUGCCAAGUAACUACUUAGUCUUACAUUCAGGUAAUUGAGUUAGUAACGCAAUUACUUUUUGGGAGAAGUAAUUUGUAACUAUAAUUAAUUACUUUUUUUCAGUAAGAUUAACAACACUGCUGACUACUGAAAUACAUUCACAGUAGUAAAAAAGUUACUUGGCAAAGUAACUGGUGUUACCUUUCAUGUUUUUUUUUCAUUUCUUCAAACAAACAAAAAAAAAAAACAGUAAUCUUUUCUAUGAUUGGAUAUCAUUUAAUGUUGUGAAUCAACCGUUAAAGUUAAUAAAAUUGCUUACGUUUUUGCAUUAGUUCCCUUCUGUCUACUUUCGACAUGUGAAAAUUUUAAAAUUGU